AUGGAUUCCAACAAGAAAGCACACGUUGCUGACAUGUCUUGGCCUUUCUCACCUCCCAGGCCAACUGCGCCAACCAGUCCUGCUACAUCUAUCGCAUCGGACACCGUGUCGGAUCGGGAGGUUGACAGUAUGGCCUCUGCUGAACGUUUCGUGAAUGCCAUCGAAAAGCUUAUAACGGCAAAGCUCUCUGAUAAUCCUUCAUCAAGUGAUGAAGCCGUAGAGCCGGUAAGGAGAACAGUACGGCCCAGCCGCGCUUCAACCCUGGCAUUCAAACGCGUGGAAGAAGCUUGGGACGACAAGACAUACAAGUACAAAAUUGUUGAAGCAGCGAAGUCCAGCGUUGGGGACCUCGAUCAAUACGUGUUUGUCGUUCGGGAAAGGAUUGACAGGAGGACCUGUGAAAAAACGCCGUUCAUCGAUAUCAAAUCUCCGUCAUUGAGAGACAUUCUACGAGAGGCUUGUCGCGACAUUCGAGGUGUCUCUCUCGCUGAAGAUGCCCCAUCGGUCGAGCAGAAUGUGCUUUUCCACGUCCGGCGCUUCUUGAGAUGCCGCCAGGAUCGCGCUGUCGACAUCCAGGACACAGUUACACAAAGCCACUUGGACCUGCUGGUGGGCUACAUCGAUACAACGUUCAGAUCAGUCGAGGACCACCUGUCAGCCCUUCUCGUGAAAGGCGAGAUCACGUAUGACUUACUGUGGGCCCUCUUCGAGCCAAAUACUGAGGUGUACACGACCUGUCCCGGAACCGGUGCUCCUAGAUGUGUGCUAUACAACCAUUGCGAAGAGAUGCAGGAAAUGGAUGGGUCCAAGUUUAUGCACCUGGAGACUCGCUUCCUGAGUACGAAUGGCAAGUUCCUCGGCGAGGCAUCCGACAGAAGCAGGAUCCCAUUUUUCCGAGGUGCUAAGAGAAUUGAGCUUCUUCCAGCGUAUCCUCUGCAAUACCAUCCAAAUCGCGAAAGGGUUGCGCGGGAAUUGACCCAGUGCGGCCGUCGAUUUGUCUCGUUAAUCGGAGCUCAUCAUCGUCAGUACAUAGGAACGGCUUUCUACGUGGACAAGGAAGGGGAAAUCGUGAAGCGUCAUGUCAAAGGGCGCAUUAUGGUGGAUGCUGUCUGUUUUCAGGAACAAAAUCCGAACCAUCCAGUGCCGCGCGUCCGCAACGUGAGACCAAGGCUCUCGGACAUAGGACCAGGUGAAACGGCCAGCCUCGAACAUCUUGACGUGGCUCAGCUGGAGGAAAUUGACCUUCUUAUCUGCAGCGCAACGGUUUUGGGGUUCUGCCUUGGGACCAAAACAUUCCUUGAGUUUGCGGUUGCCCACAUCUCUGACAUUUCUUGGAGUCCGUCGUCCUAUGAAGAUGUCAAGAUGCCAGAGCAGCAAAAGAAACCUAUCUGGGCUCUUGCAGAGACCUUUUUGAGUCGUGACAAAACCAGCGCCUUUAAAGACCUCAUACAAGGGAAAGGGCGAGGCAUCAAUUUCUUGCUUUACGGGCCUCCUGGUGUCGGAAAGACUUUGACGGCCGAAACAAUCGCAGAGUCCUACAAGAGACCCCUUUACACGGUACCGGCAGGGCAAAUCGGCGUGGACCCAGUGGGUGUGGAGAGGGUCUUAACGACAAUCUUCAAGAUUGCAAGCCGCUGGAAGGCCAUCCUGCUUCUGGAUGAGGCGGAUGUGUUUUUGGCUCAGCGCUCUGACAGCCCACAUGCCAACGCUCUCGUCUCUGUGUUCUUGCGUGAACUGGAGCAGUAUGAUGGCAUUCUUUUCCUUACAACCAACCGAGUGCAGUCGUUCGACGAAGCGAUGAUCAGCAGAAUUCACCUUGCCUUGCAUUAUGAGCCACUGGGAAAAGAUGCACGUAAGGCGGUAUGGCAGUAUUUCUUGGAACAGGCAAUAACCAAGAGCGGGACACCGGAUUGCCAAAAGCUGAUUGACAGUUUGGCGGACGUGGAUUUGAAUGGCCGCGAGUUAUGGAGAGCAGAUCUGAAAGCACUCUCCCGAACUUCGAGAUACAUGCACGAGCUUGUUGCCAGCAAGCUUUGGCAAUCUGUGGCAAUCAAGCCGCGGAGCGAAUAUGACCUUCAUCGCAUUUCAGUUGCGGCCUUUCCGCAAUCUUGUCUGCAACUUGCCAAAGAGGUUCAUUUUCGCUCCGAGGUGCAAUAUGCUACUAUCAGAAGAUGUCCCCAUGCUAAGGAUCACGGCGAUCCAUGGCGCUCUGACGAUGACGAUGACGACGAUAUCAAUGCUGAAUAUAACAAUGACGAGGACUCGGAUGAUCUGCGCUUUGUUUGCCUUACCAAGAAAGCCGAAUCAUUACUACGACGACUCGAGGACACCCAAUUGCGCAGCUUCAGCUGGAACUUGGGUACAUGCGUUCCACCUGAAAUUCUCGGUGCCGAUGGUGUUAUCCCGCAAAAACAGCCCCUAAUUCGAUCCUUACGCUUGACAACCGACUUUACCUGCCUUCACUAUUUCGAUGCAGAAUGCGGGAUAGAUCUAUCACGUUUCCGCCAGCUUCGUCAACUAAGUUGGAAGGCACCUAAUGCUGAUAAUCUCGACACCCUUUCCGUCGCUAUCCGAAAUAAUUCAACGCAUCUGGAGAAGCUGGAGUUAGAUUUCGUACACUGGCAAAAACUUCAGGAUGACCUAGGUUAUUACGAUGAUAACGAUGACACUAGUGGCAUUUUGCCACAAAAUUACUUCAUUCGCAGAGUUCUCUUUUUGAAUAAACGCUCUCCGCGUCCUUUGUUACCAGCAAACCGCGUCCUACUCCUUUCACAGGUGCCCAUUGCAGCUGAGAUGACAGACGUCAUCAAUUUCGACAUCCUUGUUUCCCUGACGCUGCGGAUCUGCCUCGGCUGGGACCGAUUUUUACAGCGUGUCAUACAGCUCAACGUUCCGAUAAAUCUGAAGACACUCGAGAUUCAAGAAUCGAGCAGUGUAUCAUGUAGCUGGACGGAGGAUAUCCUCGCAGAUUUCCUGAAUGCAUUUGAGGGACUUGAAGAGCUUUACAUAAGUCACGUAGGGCCGGUUCCAGGCCUUGGUUUCUGGAACCGUAUCAUCCAUCGUCAUACAACGCUCAAAAGGUUUGUACAUCACCAGAGAACCAUCGAUAUUGACGAUGAGUCACCUCACUUUGAAGAGGAGCAUGACUUAUCCGAUCUUGCCAUUCUCGGACGCGAAUUGCGCCAGAUAAAAGAAGCCCCUUCGCAGAAUCCCUUGGCUUGGCUCAAUCUUGAAUUCAUUGGACUAGCCUGUGUCCCUGAACGUUUGAAAUACCUGCUGCUUCCUUUCAAGUCGAAGACCUCCUUGAAGGUACUCCACAUUCGCCAGUCAGGUUCAGACCUUAAACACUACGCAUCCUGGGCCGUGGAGGGGCAGGAUCGUACCUCGAGACAAGGAAGUGUGGCUUCGCAUAAUAGUAUGGAGUCUGUACCCUGGACUGACUCGAGCGUCACAAGUCUACCUACCGAGAUGGAGGACGCGACUGUAAGACACGAGGCUUGGCUUAGGCAUAGAAUGCGGAAUGAAUUUUGCCGCUUCGCUGAGUGGGUGUUUGGACCAUAUGGAAUUAGCUCGCUGCAGAUCAUGGCAUUCGGAGACUUUGCCUAUGGAGGCCGCUCAAUCACGAAUAACUUCCAUUUCGGCAGAAACACAGAGGGAAACAGUCAUUUCCGCCUCCUCAGCGAAUACGAACCAGAGUGGAAGAAUAUCCGAGACGAGUAUCUCAAUGCAUUAGGUGCUUGUCCAGUUGAGCCACUUCUUGGAGAUUGA